AUGUCAGCAGAACGCGUUCGCGUCCGCGGAUUAAGCAUCCAUAGACCUAUCAUAUACGGAAAUACCGCCUCAGUACUGACACCUAAAGCCCGCGAGGCCUUGUCUACGACCUCUCCCGAUCAUACGCACACAUGGACUGUUGCUGUCCGUAGUGCUGCAUCUGCACCGGACCAAGAUAUCGUCGGUGGGGCGGAUGAUUUGAGUCACUUCAUCAAGCGCGUAACGUUCAAGCUUCACGACACGUAUCCCAACCCAUCUCGCAACGUGGACAAGCCACCGUUCGAGUUGACGGAGACGGGGCAAGCUGCGUGGGGUGAAUUCGAGAUCCAGAUUCGGAUUAUAUUUGUCCCAGACGCAGCGGAAAAGGCCAUAACUUUCUACCACCAUCUCAAGCUACAUCCCUGGGCUGCCGCCGGGGAUCCCGAAAUCCCACCGCUUGACGUUGCCAUACGAGCAGGACCCGUCCAUUCCUGGCAGUACGACGAGCUCGUCUUCAACGAUCCAUUCCAAAGUUUCCUCAAUACACUCACUCAACACCCGCCCACUCCCCUGGUCCGCACACGUAGAAAACCUGUGCCCUUCCAUCUCGCGAAUGUGGCGAGUCUGGAGGCCAGCAAAGGCGGCACCCCCGAGUUCACGCUGCAAAUGGAGAAAGAAGAGGCGGAACGCCUGGAGGAGGCCAAACGAGCCGUCCUCGCUGAAGACCAGAAGUGGCGCUCAACCCUGAUCGAGAAGGAAAAGGAGUUGGAGCAGCUGAAGAAAAUGCUCGAAGACCGAGCGCAGUAG